AUAAAAUGAUUUACCUUAAUUAGAAAAGUACAUUCAAUAUUCUAUCCUUCCUUUCCAUGUAUUAUACUUGCCCCCAUGUACUGACUUUAGUCACACAUUUAACCAUUCACUAUACCUUAUUCCAUUAAUAAUUAUAGUAUACCACAUGACAUAUUGCCAUUUUUAUAACUGUUAAUUUAUUUAGAUGUCCUUCCUAUUAAUAGUAACCAUAGCUUUUAACUUUGUUUUAAGAUGCCACAUGUUUAUAGGUUUUGGAACUCAGAAUUGGUUUACGAGAACUCAUGCUCAGAUUUUGGAUUUUGCUUCUAUAUACCCUUCAUUAAUGAAAGUGCAUAAUUUAUGUUACUGCACUCUGGUUUAUUAAUAAACAGAAAAAAAUGCAGUGGUAGGUGUUUGUAUAUGGGUCCCCAUGUAAUAGUUAUUUCAUUCACGGUGAGCUUUGUUCAAGGUUUAGAACACUUUGGUGGCUAAAUGAUCUGAGCUAUAAUUUGGCAGGGAAUACAUAAGAAUGGACGUGUUUGCAGCCAUGACAGUGUUAGUGGCAUACACACGACAAGUGAAAGAAUAUCAUCUCACUAGAGGACACAUUACGAUUGAAUUUGGCUUUCUUUGCGUUUACCAAGGAGUACAUUAUUUAUGGAUUGCAUCUGAACACUAUGCAUGAUCAAGUAAAUGAUACUCUGCGGUAUAUUCCAAUAUGCAGUAGCAUCUCAAAACUAUGCUGAAGUAUUUCAUGUCUGAUGAGAAGUUUAUACGAUUUUGACAUACUUUUCGUUUUCCCUUGGCUGAGGAGUAGUAUGGUUUGUGUAAUUUGGUUCCUACACAAUGUCACUUUCAUUCACAACCUUAUUCUUUACUUUCCGUGCCUAUUGAUUAUUAAGGAAACAUACUUCAUCUUAAUUCUUUAGUGAUCAUGGUUUAUGACAUAAGAGAAUGUUUAAGGCCAUUCUGUCUAUGUUGCAUCAGUAUUUAAGAUUCUGCUUACAUAAUAUAUGCAAAAAAAUGUCUUCUACCUUCACCUGAUCGUAUUUCACAUGAUAUCUUGACUUACGUUUGCUCAUCCCUACAGACAUUCGAUGCCCUUUAACCAGCUGCUUUCUAUGUUGGCUCACAAUUUAAGAUUAUGCUUACUUAACAAAUGAAACUGUAGCCUAUCUAACUUCAGCAAUCAUAUUGCAGAUUCUACCUUCCCACUGAUAGUUGUUGAACACUUAAGGAUGGACUAACUAUUUUGGGGGCCUGCGCAUAUUCAAGCCAUUUCCGACUAAAACUCAAAGCCGCUGACUCGCAUGUUGCCAUCCAUGUUACGAGUCGCUUCCGCAAUUGGUUCUCAAAGCAUGCGCUUCACUGAGGAGGAAUUGGAGAGCAUAGUUAAUAGCAAUAGGAGCAUCUGUUCUAUUCUUCUCCUUACUGUCCAUCAUCUCCCUUAUUGCAGCAGUUUUUGUUUUGGAAGAUGUGGGACAAGUUUGAAGCAAGGGAGAUGUCACAGAUACACGUGUUAAAAACUGGAUAGGGAGAUGACUCAUGCUAGGGGUAAAAAAAUGAAAUUAAGCAAUCUAUCAUUUGAGAAUUUUCGAAGCAACUUGUGAUGUCAAAGAAACGGGGAAAGGCAUCCGCAGAACUGUUUGCAAGUCAUAUCGACUGGUAGAAGGAAGAAGAGCUCAAUUAGAUCAUCACAGGUAGCUAAUUCUUCAGGAAGGUAUUGCAUUUGCCUGCUUAAUGUUUUAUUUUUUCCUACAAAUAUUUUAUUUCAUUUCAAAUUUUUCUUUGUUUUCUUUCUCGGGCAAUUUUUGAAUUCACAAUGGUAAUGUAUGAGAAUAAUCAACUCCCAGCCUGAUGCAUGGUUUAUAAUGAUAAUUUUUUUUUUGAAAAACAGUAUUAUAAAAAGAGGCAAACAAAUAACCAUGUCUUAACUGCAGAUUAGAUCUUUCAAUAACUCACCCUAAGUUUGAGUCUUUUCUCGUUUUUUUGAAAUGAAAACAAAAUAGAGUUGUUAACAAGCUACCACACAUGUUGAUUUGAUGAUUGUUUUACGUUUCUUUUUAAUCUCAUAUCAUGUUGUCCAAUGUGUUUUUUUAUCUGGGAAAGGAAAGCAAUUAGCUGGAGCACUCUUGUACCUACAAAGGUAAAAUAAACAAAAGUAGUGUACACUUAGUAUUAAAAAAAACAGCGUGUACAAGCAAAUUGGCCCCAUUGUGUUGUUUUAUGUGUCUUUAAUUUACUUUUAAUUGUAAUCAAUAUACAUCUUGUGU